CAGUUAGGUUACUAGCAUGUUGGGCCAAUAUUUUUAAGACUUUUUAAUUUUAGCCCCUCCUAAGAUAGGUCUAGUGUUGGGCUAAUUUUCUGUCACUUGAAUGCCAUCACCCUUUUGGAGCUUUCACUGAAUACUCCAUAGAUUCAAGAAGGUAUCUUUACUCUGGCUGGAGGGAAUAUACACAUGUCCAAGCCCUUUGUGAGCUCUGGGAAUCUUCCAACUAAUAACUCUCUGGUAAUUGCUCUCUCCUUAGAAAUUGUUCUCAUUCGGGUUCAUGGGGUUUCACCCUAUGCUUGCGCAGAUCCAACGACUCCAGGACCUUUCAUGGAGACUCUGAACCCUUUCUCCACAAUACUCCUGUCUGAAACUCUGACCUACAUAUUUUAGCCGCAUCAGCUUCCUAACCUUCAAAGUCUGGCUGCUCAACUCAGUGAAAUUUCAGUCCCUUUCAUGGUGCCCUUACCCUUUUUCUUACUCUGCUAUCUACAAACAAACUCCUCACAGAAAACGUCAGUGAUUAUAUGGUUCACCUCAUUUUUGUCCUUCUCUCAAGGAUCACCCUUCUUCCAUGUAUGAAAAGAGAAGUUUCUUGUAUUUUGUUUGAUAUCCUAGUUGUUUACAGGAGGAUAAUUCUGGACCCUAUGACUCUCUCAUGCUCAGAAGCAGAAGUCUCCAGCAGACUGUUUGUUUAUUUAUUUAUUUAAUUUAAAAAAUAUCUUUAUUUCUUUUUUAAAUUAAUUAAUCAAUCAAUUUUUAAAUUUACAUCCAAGUUAGUUAGCAUAUAGUGCAAUAAUGAUUUCAGGAGUAGAUCCCAGUGAUUCAUCCCCUAUGUAUAACAUCCAGUGCUCAUCCCAACAAGUGUCUUCCUUAAUGCCCCUUAUACAUUUAGCCAUCCUCCCUCCCACAACCUCUCCAGUAAACCUCUGUUUGUUCUUCAUAAUUAAGAGUCUCUUAUGUUUUGUCCCCCUCCCUGUUUUUAUAUUAUUUUUGCUUCCUUUCCCUGUGAUCGUCUGUUCUGUGUCUUAAAUUCCUCAUAUGAGUGAAGUCAUAUGAUAUUCGUCUUUUUCUGACUAAUUUUGCUUAACAUAAUACCCCUAGUUUCAUCCACGUGGUUGCAAAUGGCAAGAGUUCAUUCUUUUUGAUUGCCGAGUAAUACUCCAUUGUAUGUGUAUACCACAUCCUCUUUAUCCAUCCAUCCAUUGAUGGACACUUGGGUUCUUUCCAUACUUGGCUAUUGUUGAUAGUGCUGCUAUUAACAUUGGGGUGUGUGUGUCUCUUUCAAACACUACACCUGUAUCCUUUGGAUAGAUACCUAGUAGUGCAAUUGCUGGGUCGUAGGGUAGUUCUAUUUUUAAUUUUUUGAGGAACCUCCAUACUGUUUUCCAGAGUGGCUGCACCAGUUUGCAUUCCCACCAGCAGUGCAAAAAAGAUCCUCUUUCUCCACAUCCUCGCCAACAUCUGUCGUUGCCUGAGUUGUUAAUGUUAGCCAUUCUGACUGAUGUGAGGGGGUAUCUCAUUGUGGUUUUAACUUGUGUUUCCCUGAUGAUGAGUGAUGUUGAGCAUUUUUUCAUGUGUCGGUUGGCCAUCUGGACGUCUUUGGAGAAGUGUCUAUUCGUGUCUUUUUGCCCAUUGCUUCACUGGAUUAUUUGUCUUUUGGAUGUCGAGUUUGAUAAGUUCUUUAUAGAUUUUGGAUACUAACCCUUUAUCUGAUAUGUCACUUGCAAAUAUCUUCUCCCAUUCCAUUGGUUGCCUUUUAGUUUUGCUGACUGUUUCCUUCUCUGUGCGGAAGCUUUUUGUUUUGAUGAGGUCCCAAUAGUUCAUUUUUGCUUUUGUUUCCCUUGCCUCCGGAGAUGUGUUGAGUAAGAAGUUGCUGUGGCCAUGAUCAAACAGGUUUUUGCCAGCUUUCUCCUCUAGGAUUUUGAAGGCUUCCUGUCUUAUGUUUAGGUCUUUCAUCCAUUUUGAGUUUCUUUUUGUGUAUGGUGUAAGAAAGUGGUCCAGGUUCAUUCUUCUGCAUGCCGCUGUCCAGUUUUCCCAGCACCACUUGCUGAAGAGACUGUCUUUAUUCCAUUGGGUGUUCUUUCCUGCUUUGUCAAAGAUUAGUUGGCUAUGUGUUUGUGGGUCCAUUUCUGAGUUCUCUCUUCUGUUCCAUUGAUCCUGAGUGUCUGUUUUUGUGCCAGUACCAUACUGUCUUGAUACUUAUAGCUUUGUAAUACAGCUUGACAUCCAGGAUUGUGAUGCCUCCAGCUUUGGUUUUCUUUUUCGGGAUUGCUUUGGUUAUUUGGGGUCUUUUCUGGUUCCAUACAAAUUUUAGGAUUGUUUGUUCUAGCUCUGUGAAGAAUGCUGGUGUUAUUUUGAUAGGGAUUGCUUUGAAUAUGUAGAUUGCUUUGGGUAGUAUUGACAGUUUAACAAUAUUUGUUCUUCCAAUCCAAGAACUUGGAAUAUUUUUCCAUUUUUUAGUGUGUCUUCUUCAAUUUAUUUCAUAAGCUUUCUAUAGUUUUCAGUGUAUAGACUUUUCACCUCUUUGGUUAGGUUUAUUCCUAGGUCUUUUAUGUUUUUUAUUUAUUUAUUUUAAAGAUUUUAAUUUUCGUAAGUGAUCUCUACACCCAACUCUCAACCCCAAGAUUAAGAGUUACAUAAUCUACUGACUGAGCCAGCCAGGUGCUCCCCCACCCCCUUGAAUUUUUAAUAACUGUUUUAUUAAGAUACAACUUAUAUAACACAAAAUUAAUUCAUUGUAAGUGUACAGUUCAAUGGCUUUUUUAGUAAAUUUAUAGAGUUGUGUAGUCAUUGUCACACAUUUUUAUUAGCCUAAAGAGGACCCUUGUGCCCAUUUGUAAUCAAUACCAGUCCUUUCACAGCUCCAGGAACUCAUUGAUCUGCUUUCAGUCUCUAAUGAACUAUUUUAUGAAUAUUUCAUAUACAUCGAAUCACAUAAUAUAAAGUCUGUUGUGCCUGAUAUCUUUCACCAGACAUUAGGUUUUUGAGGUCCAAACAUGUUAGAACACGUGCCAUUAGUUAGUGGCAUUUUAUUCUCAAUGUUAGUACAUUCUAUGAAUAUACACCACAUUUCAUUUAUGCAUUCACCAGCCGAGGGACAUUUCAAUCAUUCCCAGUUUUGGCUUUUAAGAAUAAUGUUGCUGAUUCCACUCCCAUUCCUGUUCUGGUUCAGGAUGAUAGAAACUCCAUUCCAGUGGGAUGAAGCAAGAAUACAGGCACCCUCUCCUCCAAGUCUGAAGUUGAGGGCUACGGCACCCUCCUAUGAAAGGGCAGGCGGCUACCCCACUUCUCAUCCCCUGCCAGCUACGUGUUGAAGACCCUAAAUUCCAGGGUCUCAGGCUCAGGCCCCAGGAUUCUCCCUGCAAGUGCCGAGCGUGGUGAUGGUGCAGGAGGGCCUGUGUGUGCACGUGCCCUGCACCCUCUCCUACCCCCGGAUAGGCUGGACGGAGGACACCCCCGCCCUCGGCUCCUGGUUCGUGGUCGGGACAGACACGAACAAGGGAAGACCGGUGGCCACAAACAAGCAGGAUCAAGUGCACGGUGGCUCCGGGGGCCGGUUCCAGCUCACCGGGGAUCCCCAGAACCGCAGCUGCUCCUUGCUGAUCAGAGACGCCCAGGUGGAGGACUCGGCACAGUACUUCUUUCGGGUGGAGAGAGGCAGUUACGUGCGGUAUAAUUUCGUGGAAAGCCCGUUCUAUCUGGAAGUGACAGCCCUGACACAGAAGCCCGAUGUCUACAUCCCAGAGACCCUGGAAGCAGGGCGCCGGGGGACACUCAUCUGUGUGUUUAACUGGGCCUUUGAGGAAUGUCCAGCCCCUACUUUCUCCUGGAUGGGGGCCGCCGUCACCACCCCAGGGCCCGGACGCAAAUCCUCCUACUUCUCAGUGCUUUCUCUCACACCGAGACCCCAGGACCACGGCACCCACCUCACGUGCCGGGUAGACUUCUCCAGAAAGGGCGUGAGCGCAGAGACAACCGUUCGACUUAACGUCACCCAUGUCCCCAAAGACCUGGUUAUCAGCGUUUCCAGAGCCAAGGCAUCAGCCCCGGAGCCCCAGGGAAACAGCCCAUAUCUGGAAGUCCAGAAAGGCCAGUUCCUGCAGCUGGUCUGUGCUUCCGAGAGCCAGUCCCCUGCCACCCUGAGCUGGGCCCUGGAGGACAGGAUCCUCUCUUGGUCUCACCCCUGGACCCCCGGCCCCCUGGCUCUGGUGCUGACCCGGGUGAUGCCUGGGGAUUCAGGCUGCUACACCUGCCGAGCAGAGAACAGGCGUGGCUCCCAGAGCCGCACCCUGAACCUCUCCGUGCAGUAUGCCCCAGAGAACCUGAGAGUGAUGGCCCUACAAGCAAACAGGACAGUCCUGGAAAACCUUGGGAAUGGCACGUCCCUCCCAGCCCUGGAGGGCCAAAGCUUGCGUCUGCUCUGUGUCGCCCACAGCAACCCCCCAGCCCAGCUGAGCUGGGCCCUGCGGGGACAGACUCUGAGCCCCUCCCAGCCCGCAGACCCCGGGAUCCUGGAGCUGCCUCAGAUACAAACGGAGCAUGAAGGAGUCCUCACCUGCCGAGCUCAGAACUCGCUGGGCUCCCAGCACGUCUCCCUGCUUCUCUCUGUGGUCUGCCCCCCGCGGCUGCUCGGCCCCUCCUGCUCCCGGGAGGGCGAGGCGCUGGGCUGCACCUGCUCCGCCCGAGCCCGGCCGGCCCCCACCCUGAGCUGGCGGCUGGGGGAGGGGCUGCUGGAGGGGAACCACAGCGACGCCUCCUUGACCGUCACCUCCAGCUCCGAGGGGUCCUGGGCCAACAGCUCCCUGAGCCUCAGGGGACCGCUGGGCUCUGGCCUCAGACUCAGCUGCGAGGCCCGGAACGCACAUGGGGAACAGAGCGCCGCGGUCCUGCUGUUGCCAGAUAAGAAGGGACUCCUCUCAAAGGCGUUGGGUAGCGGAAUAUUUCUGGGAAUGGGCAUCACGACGCUCCUUUUCCUCUGCCUCAUCCUGGUCACGAAGACUCUGAGGAAGAAACAGGCCCAGGCAGGGACUCCGGCCCACGUAGGGGCUCCGGCCCACGCAGGGACUCCGGCCCAGGCAGGGGCUCCGCCGAAGCCCAAGGCCACGCGGAGAAGCACGAUCCUGGACUACAUCAACGUGGUCCCCAAUCCUGGUCCCCUGGCUCGCAAUCGCAAUCGGAACCAGAACCGGAAGGCCAUGCCGAGCAGUCCUUCCCAGGCCUCUCCUCCGGGCGCUCCCUCCCAGGAAUGUAAGAAAAACCAGAAGGAGCUACAUGCUGCUCCCCACACUUGUCCAGGACCCAGAUCAUCCACGCAAGCCUCAGAAUCAGAGAGUAACCAAGAGAAUCUCCAUUAUGCUGCCCUCACCUUCUCGGGCCUCAGACCCUGGGACACCUGGGAGUCCAAGGACACAGGCCCGGAGUACGAGGACAUCAAGUUUCACUGACGGUCUCCCGGGCUGCAGGGCUGGGAUCCAGGAAGAGGAACAGAAGCAGAUGUUCAGAGUGAGUUCAAGAGCAGCCACCGUAAAGAUGUCCUGCUAGGCGACAAGACAGGAAGUCCCUCAGGGCAAGGACACCACGUGGAGACUGGGCGCAAUUGUGCCCUCCAACCCAUGAACCUGAGGAAGAACGAUCGCAGGAGGGCAUGGUACUGGGAACGCUCUCAAAAUGUAAUGGAAAGCAAAGCUCACCAUGUGCUCUGAAUCAACCAGCCAGUGAAGAGAGAAGAUGGGUCUAUUUCUCCGAGGGGAGCAGGUCCUUCCUCCUUCCCCAGAGGUCAGAGUCCUAAUUGCUUCACAGAAAGCUCUCAUGGGGGGUGGUUGCUACUUGCCAGGCAGAAAAUCGAGGAGCCCAGAAGAGAUGUUGGCCUUUGCAUUAAAAAAAAAAAAAAAAACAAUGUUGGGGGCACCUGGGUGGCUCAGUCGGUUGAGCCACCGACUCUUGGUUUUGGUUCAGGUCAUGAUCUCCCGGGUUGUGGGUUCAAGCCUGGCAUGGGGCUCUGUGCUGACAGAGCGAAGCCUGCUUGGGAUUCUCUCUGCCCUCUCCCCUGGCUCUCACCCUCUCUCUCUCUGUGUCUCUGUCUCUCUCAGAAAUAAAUAAAUAAACAUUUAAUAAAUAAAUAACAGGGCGCCUGGGUGGCUCAGUUGGUUAAGCGUCCAACUUCAGCUCGGGUCACAAUCUCACGGUUCGUGAGUUUGAGACCCACGUGGGGCUCCAUGCUGACAGCUCAGAGCCUGGAGCCUGCUUCGGAUUCUGUGUCUCCCUCUCUGUCUGCCCCUCCCCUGCUUGCACUCUCUCUCUCUCUGUCUCAAAAAUAAAUAAACAUUUUAAAAUUUUAAUAAGUAAAUAAAUAAAUAACAAUAAUAAUAAAAAUAAAGCCACACUGGAGAAA